AUGGUAUCAUCUUCGAUGAUUAACGGUGAUAUACCACUUGCAAAAAACGCAUGUGUUAUUAGGCCGAAAGUUAAUGUAAAUCUACAUAUAUCCUUAAAAAAUAGAAAGAAUGCAAAGAAUGGUGCCGCAAAUGUUUCUCAUAAUUUACAAAAACAUGUUGAAAAGCGUAUUAACGAAAGAUCGCUGUAUUAUGCUGCUAAAGAAAAAUACUAUAGAAACAAAGGAAAGAAAUAUGAUAAACUUCGUCAAAGUGUUGAAUGUGGGGAAUCCCAUAUAUUGAAAGAAUAUUAUCAUUCACGUAAUCGAGUUAAAAGAUGCUCAAGAAAGCAUAAGAAGCAUAAUUAUGAAAAAUGUUCCGUGUGUAAAAGUCUUGUACAACGAUAUCUUGUAUUAGGGGAAAAUGCCAAUGAAAUUGUUGAAAAAAUUAAUGAAAAGACAAAUGACAGUAUGUGCAAUUCGAUUUGUAACACAGAUCGAAAUUCCAAAAUGAACGAAUUGAUCAAAGGAGAAGUCGAAGAAAACUAUAGUACAACUAAACGGAUUACACCGGCGGCACCAGUUCGAAAAUUUGAUAUUGCUGAGAAUAUUAAAAAUGAUGAUAUCAUUAGAUUGCCAAAAAAUGAGUCCUUAGAUUUGGAUAUUAACAAUGAAAAAGAUUUGAAUUCUUAUAAUUUGUCAAACAUGAAACAUAUUGUACUUUCACAUGAUAAGAAAUUAGGGGACACUUAUAUUAUAUCGAACAAAGAUAUACCUGAUUUAGAAAAUAGAGUAGAACAAAAAGACAAUAGUUAUCAAUUGGUUAAGUGCGAGAAUCAAUCUAAUGACAUAUCAACAAAGGAAUACAUGUACACAAUUUUUGCUGACCUUAAUGUUUCUGAAAUGAUAGAUUUGAUGAAUGGAAAACCAUCGAAUAUCACACCUGUUAAGGAAGAACAAUCACAACUCAAUAUUGCUUUAGAUGAAAUAGAAAAAAAAAUUAGUAUAAAAAAGUUGGCUAAUCAAUCACUUAAUUCAGAAAAUUGCAUAGUAGAUGAUAAGAAAUCUGUGAAAUUAGAAAAAAAAAGAAAGUUGAAGAAAAAAGCUUCAAAUUUGGUUAAGCUUUCUGAAGAAGGUGAUGUUGAUAAUGAAUCAAAUUGCUCAAGUAAAAGUUCUGGUAGUUCAUCACGUUGUUUUAAAAGAGGAAAAACUAUAUUAAAAAAGAAAUCGUCGUCGAGUUGUUAUAAUAGUGAUAAGUUUACUCAGGUUGAAAAAAAAGAACUGAAGGAAAAGAAAUCCUAUAAAAAUAAGUAUGCCUCAAAUGAAUUAAUUGGUUCAAAAAAUCACCAGUUUACCAAAAAGACAUUUGUUUCUAGAAAUCUUCAAAUUGCUAAAGAAAUUUAUAAUAAAGAUGAAACUUUAAAAAACAAUAAGGCUAUGAAAAAUAAUAUUAAUAGUAAUUCUGAAACAAUAACAUCAUAUGAGAAGGUUGAGAAUGGAAAAGAUGUAUGUGACUCAUUUAAGUUAUCUAAUCAAUCAACAGCAUUAGGAAGUAGUACGAUAUUAGGAAAAUAUAUCCCUUUGGAAAUAUAUCAAAAAGAAAAAUAUUGUUGCAAACAGUUAGAGAGAGAAGUUGCUAGAGAGGAUGAAAUUGUUAUUGAGGAUGAAAUUAUUAGUGAAAAUGUAAUUGUUAUUGAGGAUGAAAUUAUUAGUGAGGAUGUAAUUGUUAUUGAGGAUGAAAGUAUUAGUGAGAAUGAAGUUGCUAACGAAGAUGAAAUUGUUAGUGAGAAUGAAGUUGCUAGUGAAAAUGAAAUUGUUAGUGAAAAUGAAAAUGUUAGUGAAAAUGAAAUUGUUAGUGAAAAUGAAAUUGUUAGUGAAAAUGAAAUUGUUAGUGAGAAUGAAAUUGUUAGUGAGAAUGAAGUUGCUAGUGAAAAUGAAAUUGUUAGUGAGAAUGAAAAUGUUAGCGAAAAUGAUUGCAGUAAUAAAUCUGACUUAGGACACCAUUAUAGCGAUGAGAAAUUAUUUUAUGAAAGCUAUAAAUUAAAAGAUAGUGAUGCAAAGAAAAUCGAUGAUGAACAACCAGAGGGAGAAACACCUAUAAAAAUGAGUAAGAGCGACAAGAUUAAAGAAACCAAUCAUUCUAAUACAAAGAAAACUCAUGUCAAUAAUUUAACACAAGAAGAACACCGUAGAUUACUUGAAUAUUAUGACGGAAAAUUGCCAUCAACAUUUUAUAACGAGGAAAACUUUGAAAACCCAUUUAAAGCAAACGACGAAGGUUCAGAAGAACCAGAUUACUCAAAUUUAUUUUUGGGCUCUUUUGACAUUAAUAAGAAAGAUGAAACUGAAGAAAAUUCAGCUAUAGAGUCAAACAAUAACAAAUUUACUAGUUCCUUUUUUCCAUCAAGUUUUUUUAAUUCAGAUGAACCUAUUAUUGCUAAUGAAAUAUUUGGAUUACCCAAUACUGAGAAUAAUGAUGUAGAUACACCUGUAAAAUUUAAGAAUUCAUUUGAAACUACAAAAGAUAAUUUAAAUACAAAGAAAGAUAAUAAUAAUGCAGUAGAAAAAAAAGAUAGACAAAUUAUUAAAGAAGAAAAAAAUUAUUCACGUAAAAGAAGUAAAAAUAUUCGAUUUGAAUCAUCACCACAAAGUAAUAAGAAAUUUAAAUACUCCAAUAAUUAUAUGAACAUUAAUAAUGUAGUAGAAAAAAACGAUGAUCAAGAUACUCAAUAUGAAGAAGAAAAAAGACAAAAUUUACUUAAAAACACACGUGCUAAAUCAUAUAGUUCAAUAAUUAAAAAAAACUGCAAGCUUAUGUCUUAUGGACAAAAUAAGGAUUACGAUAGUAUGCCAAAAACAAGUAUUAAAAAAAAGGUUAGAUUUCAAAAAGAAGUGACAAUAAUACCUAACUUACCCCUCAAAAAAAAUAAUAUCGAUUUUCCUAAUUUAAUUAAUGAAAACAAUAAUAUGCUUAUUUCUUAUGAACAAAAUAGAAAUAUUAAUAAUGUAAUAGAAAGACAGGGUAAUCAAAAUGUUUCAAUUAAAAAAGAAAUAAAAAUUAAUCCAUCGAAAUUGGAUAAUGUGAAUAAUAAUAUUAUGAAUUUAAAUAUUGUAACUAAGAAUAAUGCCAAAAAUAAAUAUAUGAAUUCGGUUAAUGAUACGUGCCAAAAUAGAGAAAUAUGUACUCCUAUCCAUAUGACCCAUAAAAAUAAUAACGAAAUAUUCAAAAGUAGAGAAACAGAAAGCCUUAGUAAAUCGUUACAAAAAAGAGACAUGUAUAUAAAGCAAGGGUUGUAUAAAGAUAUCGGAAUGGAUCUUAUUAAUGUAGUACAUAAACUUAAAGAAAAAGCCAUUAGUGAACAACAUGAAGAGAAAAAAAUUGAACCCACUAAUGAAUUAUCCAAAAAUACAGGGAUUGAUUCGAAUGAUGAAGCUUCAAUAACAACAGAAUUUAAAACUGUUGAUGAAAUACUUGCAGAGAACGAACGUCGAAUUCUUAAUUAUUAUGCAAUGUUAGACAAAGCUGAAGCCAUUAAGAAAGAACAAGAAAUUAAAAAUAGUACUGAUAAAAUUUUAAUAAAGAAAGAACAAGAAAUUAAAAAUAGUACUGAUAAAAUUUUAAUAAAGAAAGAACAAGAAAUUAAAAAUAGUGCUGAUAAAAUUUUAAUAAAGAAAGAACAAGAAAUUAAAAAUAGUGCUGAUAAAAUUUUAAUAAAGAAAGAAAAAGAAAUCAACAAUAGCACUAAUGAAAUUUUAAUAAAGAAAGAAAAAGAAAUUAAAAAUAGUAUUGAUAAAAAUUUAAUAAAGAAAGAAAAAGAAGAACCUAUUGUAGUUAAUAAUAAUAAUUUAAGCCCUUUAAAUUCAAGAAAACGAGCACUUAGUGAGAAACCUACGCCACCAAAAAAAUAUACAAAGAAAAUACUGAAAAGAAAUGUAAAUAAGAGUGCCUCAUGUUCACCAUCUCAAAGCCGCCAUUCUUUAUCUGAUAAUAAAAAUAUAUAUGCCAAAAAUGACACGAAAGACAUAAAAACGCUAGAAAAAUCCAACAAUGUAAACGACCAUAACGAAAAUAGUCAUUAUAGCGAAGGUGGUGCUACAGAUUCGUCUGCCGCAGCACAGUCGUCAGUAGAUAAAAUGUAUGAAAGAUACCUUAAAUAUGCUGGUACCAAACGAGAUUGGGAAAAUAGAUUUGUAGAGGGUAAAUCAAAUCCAUUUAGUAAUGGCCAACCGUACCAUAACGAUAUAUUAGAAAAGCAUACUUCCUGUUUAAUAUCGGAACGAACACAAAGACAUUUAGAAAAACGAUCGUAUGAAUUUCAAAAACAAAAAGAAAGAGAAAGAAUGAAUCGAAAUUCGACAAGAAGACCCGUAGUAGAAGCUCCUAAAGUUAAAGAGUAUAAUUGUAAAGUACUUACAGAAUAUUGGGAUUGGGAUAAUGAACAAACUAAAGAAUUUUGGAGUUGGGAUAAGAAAGAUAAUUUAAAUUUUUGGAACAUGGAUUAUGACAAUGCUAAAAAAUUUUGGAUGUGGGAAAAAGAAAAACAAGAAACAUGUGAAAAUAUAUCAAAUAACACAAUGAAUUUAGAAAAUGAAGAUAUAUUAAAUAUUAUAAAAGAAAUUAUAGAAUCUCGAAAUAUCAACAUCCCAACUACAAAUACCCAAAAUCUCGAAAAAAAUAUAGACAUAUCAACAAGUACCCCAAUUCUAGAAAAAAAUUAUAUGCCACAAAAAAAUAUUCCCAAAACACCAAAAAAUACUCCAACACCACCAAAAAAUAUUCAAACAACACCAAAAAAUAUUCCAAAAACACCAAAAAAUACUCCAACACCACCAAAAAAUACUCCAACAUCAAAAAAAAAUACUCCAACACCAACAAAAAAUACUUCAACACCAACAAAAAAAUAUUCAAACAACAUCAGAAAAUAA